UAUCUGACUUUAUGACAUUCGGUCGGUCGGUAAUCGGUCAGUCGCUCAACGGAGAAGCUAAUAAUUUUAUAAAAAGAAAAUUAUUUUUUGAAUAUUUUAUUUUAUGAAUAAAGGUACAUAAUAUCUCCAACAUGUCUUGGAUCUUCGGAUAUAGUACGAAGCCUCCUCAACCGCCUGCCGAUGAACCACCUUCGGAUUCGGGAGGCGCUGCCGCACCCCCAGUUAACCUAACCAAGUCUGAAAAGAAGGCAAUGGAGGCCUAUCGGUUUGAUUCGAGUGCGUUAGAAAGAGCUGCACAGGCAGCUAGAGAACUAGAAAGAUCAAAACAUUCUAAAGAGGCAUUGGAACUAAGUAAACUGCAAGAAAGUACAAAGCAGUCAGAACAAAUGGCCAAGAUAAAGGAGUAUGAAGCAGCCAUAGAACAAGCCAAAGUCGAACAAAAGAGAAUUGACUAUGAGGAGCGGAGGAAAACACUACAGGAGGAGACGAAACAGCAUCAAAUGAGGGCACAGUACCAAGAUCAGCUGGCUAAGAAGAGGUACGAAGAACAGUUGGUGCAGCAACAAAGAUCUCAAGAAGAAAUUCUGAAAAAGCAAGAGGAGAGUGUCGCUAAGCAGGAAGCUUUACGGCGAGCCACAAUUGAGCAUGAAAUGGAAUUACGAGAGAAGAACAAGCUGAAGGCCAUUGAGGCUGAGGCCAGGGCCAGAGCAAAGGCGGAUCGAGAGAACCGGGACAUCACGUUGGAGCAAAUACGAUUAAAGGCAGCAGAAAAUAGGACCACCAUCCUUGAAAGUAUCAAGACAGCAGGUAGUGUAGUGGGCACAGGAUUGAAUGCUUUAGUCACUGAUUGGGACAAAACCUUGGCGGCGGCCGCAGGCCUGUCUCUACUGGCACUUGGUGUCUACUCAGCUAAGGGAGCUACAUCAGUAGCCGCAAGAUUCAUUGAAGCUCGUAUUGGAAAACCUACUCUCGUCAACGAAACUUCCAGAUUCUCUUUAUUGGAAGCUGUAAAACAUCCAAUUCUCACAGUUUCAAGAGCAAUCUCAAGUUUCAAAAAGCCUUCAGACGCUUUGGCCGGUGUAGUGCUGGCGCCCACCCUCGAACGACGUCUCAGAGAUAUUGCUAUUGCCACCAAGAACACACGUUUGAACAAAGGUUAUUACAGAAACCUGCUUAUGUAUGGACCUCCUGGAACUGGUAAAACUUUGUUCUCCAAGAAAUUGGCGAAGCAUUCUGGAAUGGAGUAUGCUAUUCUUACUGGAGGUGAUGUCGCUCCCAUGGGAAAAGACGCUGUUGCCGCCAUCCAUAAGGUAUUUGACUGGGCCAAUACCAGCAAGAAAGGUGUACUUCUGUUCAUUGAUGAAGCUGACGCAUUUUUGAGAAAACGUUCCUCUGAAAGGAUUAGUGAAGAUUUGAGAGCAGCACUAAAUGCAUUCCUGUACCGUACAUCAGACCAGAGCAACCGCAUAAUGUUGGUGCUUGCGUCCAACACGCCUCAGCAAUUCGAUUCUGCCAUCAAUGAUCGUCUCGAUAAGAUGAUAGAAUUUGGUUUGCCUGGAUAUGAUGAACGCGAGCGUUUGAUUCGAUUGUACUUUGACACAUUUGUUCUCCAGCCAGCGUCAGAAGGAAAGAGGAGAUUGAGCGUAGAUCAGUUUGACUAUGGUGCUCUGUGUGCGAAGCUCGCUGACCGGACAGCUGGUAUGUCUGGCCGAGCUCUAUCCAAGCUGGGUGUAGCGUGGCAAGCUGCUGCAUAUGCCUCGGACGAUGGCCGCCUUACCGAGCAAAUGUGUAUCGACAUUUGCGAUGAUGCUGUGCGAGACCACCGUCAAAAGAUGGAAUGGUUGUCUUCAGAAGAAAAGUCUCGAAGCAUGAUGCCCUACCUUCUAGACUUGCCACCUUUAGAUAACAAUGACAAUACUGUUAAAAUCAAAGAAAUAACUGAUAUUAAAGAUGAAGUGAAGAUUAAAACCAAAAAUGCGUCUAAGAAGAAGACUUCUGUGCAAGACCUCGAAGUAGAAAAGUGACAUUGUGUUACUGCUACUGCCAACCUAGUAGAUCCAGCUGAAAACAACACAAGUCCCAGUUCCACAAAGAGAAUAACAAACUGUGAUACAGGUCAAAAGUUCAGAUAUGAUUGUAAAAGUUUCAAAUUAAGAAAAUUCAUUGAUCUAAACGAUAAGGACAUGGAAGUCUUGCGAAACUUAUCGCAAAAGUUUAAGAACGUGAAACAGCACAGUUGAUAAAAUAAACAACAUCUACUGUGUUUCGUUCGUAGGGGAGUAGGUACUUUUACACACUUUGUGUAUUAUGAUUAAGACGACACGUAGGCGCUUGAUUGGUAACCUGUUUUAAUCUCAUAUUCAAAAUUAUAAUACGAGGUUUGUUAUCGUCCUGCCUAACGAAUCGUUUGGAAUUUUUUUAUUCUCUAAAGAUGUAGCACAAAUGUAAGCAAAUAAUUUUAAUUGCAAUGUGUACAAUCUUCUAAUCCAAUAGGAUUUAAAUACACGUAGAUAAGUAACUUUAUGUACACCAGUACAAAAUAUGAAUAUUUGGUACAAAGUAAAGGAAAGUGUAGGUUUCGAAUAAUAUUAAGACUUCCUGUCUAAACGCUUAUUGCAUAAGCCAGCAUUAAACAUGCAUUUUCUUAGAAUUAAUAAAAUUCCUUAUUUUAUUGGAGUUAAUAUUUAAAUGUAAAGGUUAUGCUAAUGAAUGUGUUAAAAUUGUGUAGAAGCCUUGAUUCACGGUACCAAUCCUAUUUGCAGCAAGUAAUGGGUGGAUUACUGUCAAUCAAUUAUUGUAUUGGUGUUGUGUGGAAUGGUUAACUGUUAAAGUAUAUUUAGCCGUAGGUUUAAUAAAAACAUAGUAAUUGGCAAACCCACGAAAUGUUUAUUUCAGUUUAAAUAACAUACAAAAUUUGCUGUUAUCAUAGAUUAAUUGUUUAUUUUCAGCAUGAAAAGCUUAGGAUAAUGAGAAUAAAACUUUUAGCUUAUGCUAUAAGGUAUUGUUUGUUGUUAUCGUUUUAGUUACAGUUCACAAGUAGUGCUCAUUAGAAUAUUGUUGACAAAAAUAA